AAAUGAAAAGAAAUAUAUGUAAUUUGGUAUAAAGUGAAGAAAUUGUAGCCGAGCUGGAAGUUUGCACAAAAUUAGUUCAAUUUUGUAUUCUCUCUCAAUUAGACUGAAAUAAUUCCAGAAAAAUAGGCGAUGCUCGAAGAAGGUUUUCGUUGGUUGUGUAAAUUUACCCAGCAAAAGCUCAAUAUUCUCUGUCGCAUUCUAUUGCAAACCCAUCUCUUUCGUUGGCUGAUCGAUACCUAUUUGAGACUAACGAAAAGCGAUAAAGUUGAGGGUAGGAAGAAAUUAGAAAUCGAUCAGGAAAUCAAACAAAGUGCAAAUGUGAACGCGGAAGUUAAUGUAAAAAGUGCGAAAAGCGAGAUUUCUAAAAGUCAAACAAACAUGGGGAUAGCACAUCCAAAGCCUACUCAUUAUUAUCCCCCUCCGCAAGUUGUAAAGCCUCCGCAAGCUGUAAAGCCCCCGCAAGCUGUGAAGCCCCCGCAGUUGUUACAACAAGUGGAGGGUUCUUUUGUAAAAGUAACUAAGACGGAAGAAAAAGAAAUGAGCGCAGUACACGAUAUAUGUAGCAUACCCAUAACUGAGGGUUCCAAUGCAGAAAAUAUACUUUAUAGAUUAAAGCGUGGUUCUAAUCUACGCGUGCGUCCAGAUGAAUGUUUACUAGGGCGUGAAAUUAUUUUAUAUACAAAUUAUCCUGAAGAAGGCGCCGUUUUCGUGCGCACUUCUCAACGAAUUUUGCAUUGGUAUAAGAAAAACGGCAAACAAAUAACAAGCGAGAAUUAUAAAUCAGCACAUAUAGUUGAUACCGAUAUUUAUAGUGAAUUGGAGUUGAAGAUUUCUGGUACAUUUCAUUUCUGGUUUAAAUACAAAGACAAUGUUGCGGCUGAGAAACCAGAUGGCGCACUUUAUGUACAGGUUGAACCUAUACUUCAUGUUGGCCCACCAGGUGCACAAAAAGUUUUACCAUUAGAUUCGGUUCGUUGUCAAACAGUCAUAUCUAAACUACUUGGUCCAAUUUCUACAUGGGAGUCUAAGCUUCAAGUUGCCAAGGAGUCAGGUUACAAUGUCAUACAUUUUACACCCAUACAGGAAUUGGGUGGAUCACGCUCAGCAUAUUCGUUGCGCAAUCAGUUAAAAGUAAACCCUGACUUUGCCAACAAGAACUCUUCCAUUGAUUUUGAUGAUGUAGAUGCUGUCAUAAAGAAAUGUCGACGAGAAUGGGGUAUUGCCUCGAUUUGUGACAUUGUACUCAAUCAUACAGCUAAUGAAUCGGAAUGGUUAAUUGAUCAUCCCGAUGCCACAUAUUCAUGCUCUGCUUGUCCUUAUUUGCGACCAGCUUUUUUGCUUGAUGCAAUGCUAGCUAAAUGUAGCGAAGAUAUUUCAGAAGGUUUGCUCGAGCAUGUCGGAGUUCCCGCAGUUAUUGAAGCCGAAUGUCAUAUAGAAGCUCUUAGAUAUCAACUUCAUACUACCUACUUGCCGAAAGUCAAUAUAUUUGAGUUAUAUCAAUGCGAUGUCAUGAAAUAUACCAACGAAUUUAUGUCACAGGUGCGUACACGAGAACCACCAAAGAAUGUCGCAAAAACCGAACGUUUCAAUGAAAUAAAAAUCAAACCAAAUCCCGAGUAUCGUCGUCUUGCCGCAACUAUUGAUAUGGAUUUGGCUUUAGAUAUAUUUAAUGCAUUCCAUGGCGACUGUUUUGAUGAGGAGUCACGUUUCCGUAAAUGCUCUGAAACUUUACGCUCACAUUUGUUAGCACUGAAUGAAGAAAUUCGUAAUGAUGUGCAAGAACAUUUGAACUAUGCCAUUGAGAAUUGUUUAGCCGGAGUACGUUACGAGCGUGUGCAGGGUGAUGGACCGAAAGUGCGAGUUAUUACUGAAACACAUCCUGUGUUUAUGAAAUAUUUUACACAAUUAGCAGCUUGUGGAAGAACAUUAACGGAGAUAGAAGAAGGCAUGCAUGGGGAUAUGGGCAAAAUGUUUAUGGCACAUAAUGGUUGGGUAAUGGGUUAUAGUGAUCCUCUAAGAGAUUUUGCAGAGGAACAGGUCGGCCGAGGUAAUGUUUAUCUCAGGCGCGAGCUUAUUGCUUGGGGUGACAGCGUAAAAUUACGUUUCGGCAAGAAACCGGAAGAUAGUCCAUAUCUAUGGAAGCACAUGACUGAAUAUGUGGAGAAAACAGCAAAGAUUUUCGACGGUGUCCGAUUGGAUAAUUGCCAUUCAACACCUAUACAUGUUGCAGAAUUUUUACUUGAUGCUGCUCGUAAAAUUAAUCCUGAAUUGUAUGUUGUGGCCGAGUUAUUUACUAAUUCAGAUGCGACAGAUAAUGUUUUCGUUAAUCGUUUGGGCAUAACAUCUUUAAUAAGAGAAGCACAGUCAGCUUGGGACUCACAUGAAGAGGGAAGGCUGGUUUAUCGUUAUGGCGGUAUACCUGUAGGAGGUUUCUAUGUACAUCCCAAACGAGAUCUUGUACCCAGUAUAGCACAUGCUUUAUUCUUGGACUUAACACAUGAUAAUCCAUCACCAGUGGAAAAGCGUUCAGUUUAUGAUUUAUUGCCGUCGGCAGCUUUAGUAUCAAUGGCUUGCUGUGCUACUGGCAGUAAUCGUGGUUAUGAUGAGCUGGUGCCUCACCAUAUACAUGUUGUUAAUGAAGAGCGUCAGUAUCAAGAAUGGGGCAAAAGUGUUACUAGUAACACAGGCAUAAUUGCUGCUAAGCGGGCACUAAAUUUACUACAUGGUCAAUUAGCUGAAGAAGGUUUUACUCAAGUCUAUGUUGAUCAAAUGGAUCCAAAUAUUGUGGCAGUUACUCGUCAUUCACCCACCACUCAUGAAAGUGUGAUUUUAGUAGCUCAUACUGCAUUUGGAUAUCCUAGUCCGUAUGCUGGACCUACUGGUGUGCGUCCCUUAAGAUUUGAUGGCACAUUAAAUGAAAUUAUUUUGGAGGCUGAUUUGCGCAUAAAUGGUGAUAAACCAUUUGACAGACCGGCACCAUUGAAAAAGAAUGCUGAUUAUAUAAAUGGUUUUUCACAAUUCCAAUUACGUUUACAAGAACAUAUACCAUUAGAAAAGUCGAAUAUUUUCAAGACAACAUCGUAUAUAGAUGGCAAUGUUACUCAACUCGAUUUCGAGAACUUUUAUCCAGGUUCAGUAGUUGCCGUAAGAGUAUCUUUACCUAAAGCAGAUUUUGAACAAUUAAAUAACCUAAAAAAUGCACUCCAAAAAAAAACUGGAGUAAUUUAUACGGAGUUGCACGAUAUUGUAUCUAAAUUGGAUUUGGUAGAUUUAAAUCGCGUACUUUUUACUUGUGAUCAAGAGGAACGUGAUCUUGGGCUUGGAGGUGCCGCUUACGAUAUACCCAAUUACGGCCCGAUAGUUUAUUGUGGUUUACAAGGAUUUAUAUCAAUCCUUACCGAGAUUUCACCACGGAAUGAUCUGGGUCAUCCAUUUUGUAACAAUCUUAGAGAUGGCGAUUGGAUGAUGGACUACAUUGCUGGUAGAUUGGAUAACUUUGAGAGUACUAAGAAGUUAUCAGCCUGGCUUAAAAAAUCAUUUGAGCCCAUUAAGAAUAUUCCACGCUACUUGAUACCUUGCUACUUCGAUACAAUUGUUAGUGGCAUUUAUGAUAUUUUAAUAGUACGAGCCUAUGAACUAAUGCCGGAUUUCAUACGCAAAGGCCACAGUUUUCCACAGGCUUUGGGUUUAGGAACACUGCAGUUCUUAACAGUUUGCAAGUCAGCAAAUUUACCAGCUCUAAGUCCAGAUAUUUCUCCACCUUUUCCACCAAAACAAUGCGUCACCCUAUCAGCUGGCUUACCACAUUUCUCCACAGGCUAUAUGCGUUGUUGGGGUCGCGAUACAUUUAUUGCUUUACGCGGUUUAAUGUUCCUAACAGGUCGUUUUGACGAAGCACGUUUCAUUAUAUUAGGCUUCGGACAAUGCUUGCGUCAUGGUUUGAUACCAAAUUUAUUGGAUAAUGGCACAAAGCCACGUUUUAACUGCCGUGAUGCUGUCUGGUGGUGGCUACACAGCAUUAAGCAAUACGUCGAUGAAGCUCCACAAGGAAAGGACAUUUUAAAAGAUAAAGUUUCACGUAUAUUUCCAACAGAUGAUAGUGCUGCUUGUGGCCCUGGAAAGCAUGAUCAAUAUUUAUAUGAUGUGAUGCAGGAAGCGUUGCAGGUACACUUCAGAGGUCUGCAGUAUCGUGAGCACAAUGCUGGUCAUGAAAUUGAUGCACAUAUGACAGAUAAAGGAUUUAACAAUCAAAUUGGUAUACAUCCAGAAAGUGGUUUUGUUUUUGGUGGCAAUGUUGCAAAUUGUGGCACUUGGAUGGACAAAAUGGGAUCAUCCGAAAAAGCUGGCAAUCGUGGACGUCCCGCUACACCUAGAGAUGGCAGUGCUGUGGAAUUAGUUGGUUUGCAAAUGGCUGUACUAAGAUUUAUGCAAUCCAUGAGUGAAAAAUCAUUUAUACCUUUUAAAGGCGUCGAACGCAAAGGACCAAAUGAUCAAACUACCAAAUGGACUUAUAAGGAAUGGGCUGAUCGUAUUAAAGAUAAUUUUGAGAAGUUCUUCUUUGUAACUGAAAUUGAAAAAGCGCCGUUGGCAAACAAAAAGAAUAUCUACAAAGAUAGUUUUGGUGCUUCACAAGGCUGGACGGACUAUCAGUUGCGUUGUAAUUUCCCCAUAACAAUGGUUGUGGCACCAGAAUUAUUCGAUCCACAAAAUGCAUGGAAAGCAUUAGAACAAGCACGUAAAUACUUAUUGGGACCACUUGGUAUGAAGACGUUAGAUUCUAGUGACUGGAAUUAUCGUGGUAAUUAUGAUAAUUCAAAUGACUCAACUGAUUGCAAAGUAGCACAUGGUGCCAAUUAUCAUCAAGGACCAGAAUGGAUAUGGCCUAUUGGUUUUUACUUAAGAGCACGUUUAAUAUUUGCAAAGAAGUGUGGCUUUUUGAAUGAAACAAUAGCCGAAACUUGGUCGAUACUAAGAGCACACUUAAAGGAAAUACAAAGGUCACAUUGGCGUGGUUUACCUGAGUUAACUAAUGAAAAUGGCACCUAUUGCAAUGAUUCAUGCCGGACUCAAGCCUGGAGCAUUGCUACAAUUUUAGAAGUAUUACAUGAUUUGCAUGCAAUCGGUGCUGAUGUGUAGGAAUGGAUCGACAUCCAAAAUCAUUUAAUGAAACG